ACCCUCCAAUAAUCCUGAUCCACAGCUUAGCUUCAUGAUGGAGUUGGUAACGGAACCUAUCACUGGAAAAUUAUCGGACGCACCAAGUGAGGCUAAAAUCCUGUAUUCCAACAUCAAUGCUACCUCUAUGGAGAUACAGGUGACAGCACCAAUAAGCCCCGCGUAUGUACGAAGCUCGCCGAUCGACAGCCCCAAAAAGACAUGCACAGCAGUCGAGUCUAAGCAGUUCUUCAGUGACUCAAAUCGCAAGCGUCGCCAAUGCAUUGUCUGCCGGUGGGAAGGCAAGUAUCCAACCGAAGUGACGGACUAUUGCGUUAUUCACGCUGUUUGUCUGUGCAAAGGCUAUUUUGACUCCGAGCCAGCACCAUACAUGUGUCCUCAAGCAACAUGGACGUGCUGGGUGAAAUCUCACCGGAUUUAUCUCCAGAAGCAAUUAUUCUCUACGAAAGGACGGAAACGGCGUGUCGUGUGGUCUGACGUCGCCCGAAAGUUCCACAAGAAUCGCAUCAACAAGUCGGCCAAGGAACUGGAGAUGCGGCUUCGAACGCUUAAGCGUGCUCAUGGCACAGACCUGUCGAAAUUUCCUCCUUGUUUCUACGGAGAGUCAAAACACCGUGCUAUCUGCCCAAAUCGCUCAGCACCGAAGCCGCAAAAUACCCGCGCCCUUAAUUUCCAGGCAGCGGCACGCCUCCUUUCAUCCACCUUUGGGUCGGUUACUAAAGCUGAUGUUCGACAGAAGGCCGGUGUAAUACAUGUGAACGCUGGUGAGGUUCUUCCAAAGGCGGUGGCUACGACUUUGGGUACGAUCGGUCCCGUCGUAACUGAAGACCCCCGCUCAACUAUCGAUUGGUGUCGAAAUCCGUUCCGUGUUAACGAGUCUGAGCUGUAUAUUGAUCAAGAGAUAUUCAAACGUGGAGUCAUUGCUCAAGAACGGUGA